GUUAAUUUGUAUGUUAGAGAGUUGUAACUCAUGAAUCUUCGAUCUUUCUUCCCCAAUUCACACUUCGCAACCCAUCCAUUCGACACCACAACCCACAAAUUAACCUCCGAUAAACAACCGCAUCUCCGCCGGAGCCCUAACCCUAACCCUAACAACCUCCAAUCGUGUUAAUCUCGCCGGAAGAUGGUGGUUCCGGUGGCUAAAUUCCCAAUAUUCUUAUGCGUAAGAAGUCUAGGCGUAUUAAUACUAAUCCUAGUUCUUAUAUGGAAUGUUCACUACAGAGGAGGAUUGGCUCUUUUCUCCAAAAACAAAGCUCUACUCUUCAAUGUUCAUCCUGUUAUGAUGGUGACUGGUCUUCUUUUGUUGAAUGGGGAAGCUAUGCUAGCAUACAAAACAAUAUCAGGAACAAAAACUUAUAAAAAAGUAAUUCAUCUCUCACUCCAAUUCCUAGCAUUCAUACUCAGUCUAAUCGGUUUAUGGGCCGUUUGGAAGUUUCACAACGAUAAAGGAAUCGGCAAUUUCUACAGUCUACACUCAUGGUUAGGCUUAGCUUCUUUACUCCUAUUUGCAAUUCAGUGGGGUGUUGGAUUUGCAACAUUUUGGUGCUCAUGUGGUUCAACGAAAUUCAAAGAAAAAAUGACGUUUCUUCAAAUGCACAAGAUUAUUUCACAUUAUUGUGUUGAGGCGAUUUUGGUGAAUGUUUUGGGUGUUUUGAUGGUUGUAUUGGGUGGUUUUGUGAUUUUUGGUGUUGUUUCACCUACAAAUGGGAAAGUAGAUGUUGUUCUUGGAUCUAUUGAGCUAGAAGAACAAGCAAUGGUAGCAUCCUAAAGUACAUGGAUUUUGGUCAUGAUGAUGAUUUUCAGAAUUUUUGGAACAACAGAAUGAUGUUGAUAGAUUGAAUUCUUUAGAAACAUGUAACAAUAUAAGCUACUCUGUUGAUGAAUAGGUUAAUUGGCAACACAUGUUUUGAUUGUUUUCAUGUUUCCUAUUCCAAAUUGAAAACCAAAGUUGUGUGAUUAGUAAAUUAGAAAGAGUUCAUAACCCAAUGUGUGCAAGAAGAAAAGGCUUCAACUUCAC